AUGUCUCGCGAAGAGUACCAAAUGCCCACCGGCGGCGCCAGCCAGAGCCAAGGCGGUGCCAGCGGCGGUGCCGUUUCUGCCCCUCCCAGCCAGCCCAUCCUCUACAGCUGCGGCGACUGCGGCUUCAAGUUUGAGAUGAACCGUCGCGACCCUAUCCGGUGCACCGAGUGCGGAUGCCGUGUCUUGUACAAGAACAGAACGAAUCGCAUGAUCGAGUUCGAGGCGCGAUAA